AUGUAUCCUCUAGCUCCUAUACAUCUGCUACUUCUUCUAAUCUCUCUCUCCAAAUUUAUACUCACAGUCAUCUUCAUCCCAUGGAGUAUUCAGCAACAGUUCAGGAAACAAGGCAUCAGAUGCCCCAGCUACCGUCCGAUUUUCGGAAACUCGAAGGACAUAAUGAGGCAGUACAGAGAAGCUGAAUCAAAGUCCAUUCCUUUCAACCAUGAUACCAUUCAUCGUGUGGCUCCACCUUACUGUAACUGGUCACCCUUGUAUGGGAAGACUUUCCUGGUCUGGUUUGGCACCAAGCCUAGAUUGACUACAGCCGAACCGGACUUGAUCAAAGAGGGUUGGGUGCCUGAAGUUGUUGCUAGGAGCUUAAAGAUGCUGGAAAAGUGGGAGCAAGAAAGAGGAGGAAGAGAUGAAUUCGAGGUAGAAGUUAACAAAGACCUAUAUAAUCUGUCAGCAGAGAUCCUAUCCAGAACAGCUUUUGGGAGUAGUUUUGAAGAGGGGAAGCUCAUUUUCGAAUUACAAGAACAACAGAUGAAUCUCGCAUACCAGGCCAUGCGCAGUGUUUACAUUCCUGGAUUCAGGUUUCUUCCCACGAAGAAAAACAGAACGAGGUGGAGACUAGAGACGGAAAUCAGAGACUCGGUAAAGAUGCUAAUUGAGAUAAACAGUAAAACAGGAGAGAAUUCGAAGAAUCUACUUAAUCUGUUUAUGUCUGCCAAGGAGAAUCGCGAUGGAAAAGAGCAGAAAUUGGGAGUCGAGGAAGUCAUUGAUGAAUGCAAGACAUUCUACUUUGCGGGGAAGGACACAACUGCUAGUCUUUUAUCUUGGGCACUUCUCCUUCUAGCACUGCAUCAAGAAUGGCAGAUCAAAGCAAGGGAAGAAGUUUUUCGGGUUUGCAAAGGCGAUGAACUUCCCACGGCCCAGAAUUUAAACGACAUCAAGAUUGACACUCAUAUAUGGGGAGAAGAUGCUGCUGAGCUCAAUCCACUCAGAUUUUUCAAGUCUCGGAAGCAUUUGGCUUCAUUUUUCCCAUUCGGGUUAGGUCCCAGAAUCUGUCCAGGCCAAAAUUUAGCAGUGGUUGAGGCCAAAGUCGUCCUGGUUACAAUCCUUAAACAGUACUGUUUCGAGGUAUCUCCUUCAUAUGUUCAUGCCCCGAAACUGUUUCUUACCUUGAUGCCACAGUAUGAUGCCCACAUCCUCUUCAGGAGGAUUAUGCUCUAA